AGAGGCGGCUAUGGCCGAGGCCACGAAGGCCCCCGCGGACUCCGGGUCCCCCCGCGCACGUCCCGCCGCCGCCCCCGCCAGGGACCUUCCUGCCGACAGGAGCAGCUGCCUCCCCCUGGAUCCCGCCAAGGGCGGCCGGCCGAAGGAGCCGCCGGAGGAUGAAGCCGCAAGGGAUUCCCAAGGGCCGGACUCUCCCUCUUCCGCCUCCUCUUCCUGCUCGCUGCUUCCCAGCCACCGCAGCCCCCCGGAAGAGCCUUCCUUGUCUGAGGCUGCUGAGUUGCCCCCGGCCAGCCCCUCGAGUGAGGCGCCCUCCUUGCCUGACCUGGACAAUGCUGUGGGAGAAGAGAGAGCCUCCCCGCCUAGGGAAAGUCUACCACCGGCCCCGCUGCUGCUUCCACAGACGGCCCACCCCAAGGACCUUAACUGCUCCGAGGCUGAGCUGGGGGCUUUGAUCUUGCAGUACGGAAGGCGGCAGAAUGGGUGCCCCGAUUUGGAAGAUGUGCCUCUGGCAGCCGCUUUGGGCGUGAAGAGCCAGGGCCAGGAAGAUGAUGGGGCUGCAAAACCGUCCCAAAACAUUGCAGUCCAGACUGACUUCAGGACUGCUGACUUGGCAGCCAGCACGGACCUGGACAUGGAGAAGAACUUGGACAAGAUGAUGUCCGAGAGAGCUUCCUUGAAAGAGCGAUACCAAGAGGUCCUGGACAAGCAGAGGCAGGUGGAGAACCAGCUGCAGGUGCAGCUCCAGCAUCUGCAACAGCGCAGGGAGGAAGAGAUGAAGAAUCACCAGGAGAUCUUGAAGGCCAUCCAGGAUGUGACCUCUAAGCGGAAGGAAACGAGGAAGAAGAUGGAGAAGGAGAAGAAGGAGUUCCUGCAGAAGGAGCAGGACUUGAAGGCAGAAAUUGAGAAGCUCUGUGAGAAAGGCCGGAGGCUGUUGAAGGAGCAAAAAGAGAAGGAGAGCAAGAUUGUUUCGCUGAUUGCUGAACAGGCGGAGGAGAAGGAAGCCUGGGAACUGGAGCUGGGCAAGCUGAAGAACCAGCAGAGCGACAUCAGCCGCUCGAUCUUGGAGGAGACAGAGCGGGCCUGGAAAGCAGAGAUCCUGUCUCUGGAGAGCCGGAAGGAGCUCCUGGUGCUGAAGCUGGAAGAGGCCGAGAAAGAAGCAGAGCUGCACCUCACCUACCUCAAGUCAGCGCCCCCGACUCCCGAGACCAUCCGGCCAAAGCAGGAGUGGGAGACCAGGCUGAGCAAAAUACGAAUGACCAAGGAGAGCGUCCGCGACAAGUUCAACGACCACAUCCAGCUGGUACGGAACGGGGCCAAGCUGAGCAGUCUCCCACAGAUCCCCACCCCCCCACUGCCCCCGCCCCCACUGGAGACAGACUUUCUGCUGCCUCCUUUCCAGGCCAGUCCGACUCUCGCCCCCCAGCUGCCCUUCCCCCUUGGGUCGGUUUCCAUGCCCCCGAUGGUCAUGCCCAGUGCCGACCCACGGGUGCUCUCCUUCCCCCUGCUGAACCCCGGCCUCAUCGCCAGGCCCAGCCAGCCUUCGCCCACUUUGCCCGCCGCCCAGGAGCGGAGCAGCCCCUGCCUCACUUCCCUGGCCAGUCCCCACGGGGCGCCCGGGCCCUCGCUGCCUCCCCCGCCAGGCCUGGGUGGAGCCAAGACUCCAUCUGACUUCCAGAGAGCGCCCCCUGUGGACAAGCUGGAGAAGAUCCUGGAGAAGCUGAUGUCACGCUGUCCUCAGUGUAACAAGGCCCAGCUGACCAACGUCCUCCAGCAGAUCAAAGCGGCUCGGAGGACCUUGGCGGGACUCACCAUGGAAGAGUUGAGCCAGCUGGUGGCAGCCAAGGUGGCGGAGCAGCAGGAACGGGUGGCAGCUGUCGGCACCCAGCCCCAUAGCCGGAUCUGCUCCCCCUUGUUCCCGGGCCCUCUGCCGCAGAUCAGCAACCCUUUGUUCUUGCCACCUGCACAGGUCUCCUACUCUGGGACGCCGCCCCAGGCACCCGUGACCUGCAAACUCUGUCUGAUGUGCCAGAAGCUGGUGCCACCCAGCGACCUCCACCCCAUGGCCUGUUCACACGUGCUGCACAAGGAGUGCAUCAAGUUCUGGGCUCAGACGAAUGCGAAUGACGCCUGUCCCUUCUGCCCCGCCCUGAAAUGACCCCGGCCGGAGAGAGCAGGCGGAGGGGCCGUGCGCCCGGCCUUCCCACAGCUCUGUAUUUAUAUAUGGCAAUGUACACCUGUACAUUUUUAUUCUAGAGGGAAUGUGUGUAUAGAAAGUCCACAUCCAUACCAGUUCAUAAUAAAAUGUGUAUAUUAUGCAGCC